AUGUCGUACACAUCGAAACUUCCCGCCUCCUGGAAUGAUGAGCGACCACACAGGAAAGUGGAAAUCGACCUGAGCUCACCUGGACUGGCAGUGUUCGAGUUGGAAAGACUUUUGUUGACAGGCAAAGCUAUCAUCAGCCAUGCAGACGAAGUGUGGCCGAGGCUUUACAUCGGUGACCAGCAAUCCGCAGAGAACCUGGCUGAUCUAUCCAAGCAUCGGUUCACCCACAUUCUGAACGCAGCUCACAGUAAACAAGGCAGGCAGCCAGAAAUCUAUGAAGGGAUGAACAUCACCUACAUGGGCAUUGAGGCUCGGGACUCCUGUGACUAUAAUAUGAGCAUCAACUUCCAGCCGGCAGCAGACUUUAUGCACAGGGCGCUAAGCAGAGGAGGCAAGGUUCUGGUGCAUUGUCAUGUGGGAGUCAGUCGCUCAGCCACCUUGGUUCUGGCUUACUUGAUGCUGAGACAGAACCUACCUCUUGUGGAGGCCAUUUGUGCUGUGAAAAAUAACCGGGGAGUGAUCCCUAAUCGAGGUUUCCUCCGACAGCUCAUCAAACUUAAUGGACAGCUCUUUGGCAAACAUCAUUAG